CUGGCUCCAAGUUACUUCCACCAUUUAUGUUCGAGAAGCUUACGCCCAGAAAACAGAAUAUAGACUGAUAAUUAUAAAGAAUUUUAAUACCUUUAUUACACUACUAUAAUAACGGUGAAUUUGGAUGUUUCAGGGAGGCCAGCAGCAAGGAUAUGGACAGUACCCCCAACCCCAGCAAGGCUAUGGAUACCCACCACAGCAAGGGUACCCUCCACCGCAGGGGUACCCUCCACCACAAGGGUACCAGCAAGGGUACCCGCCUCCACAAGGGUACCCGCCUCCACAAGGAUACCCGCCUCCGCAGGGGUACCCUCAGCAGCCGGGAAUGCCACAGCAGCAGCAACAACAAGGAUCCUCAGGCAUGGGAAUGUGCGGAAUGGCCAGUCUCGCUGCAUGCCUCACUUGCCUUUUCUGCUCGUGUUGCCAAGCAAUGGCUGCCAUGUCUGGAGGCGGGGGCAACGAUGACGGGGGGGCUUACGGUCCCGGUGGGGGCGGUGGCACUGGUGGGGGAUAUGAUGACGGUGGUGGCACUACUGUCAGCCCCCCCGGCUUUGGGUCAGGCGCCCCUCACGAUGCUGGCACGGACGGACAUGACGAUCAUUAAUUUAUUGAGGAGUUAAACAGCUUAGAGUUUGUGCCGGACAGGUACAAACUUGAUAAACUUGGCCAUCACUGGUCGGGUUUUUAUUGGCAGUUAAGCUAUAGAUCCUUGAUGUUGCAGUGAUGGGAGUGAGAGUGGAAAGCAGUCAAGCUGUAGAUCCUGGAUGCACAGGAGUUACAGUGAUAGGAGCGAGAAUAUUGAGGAACUGGCUUUGUUAGUCAGUUUAAAAUAAUCUUCUACUGUCAGAGUAGCUCUCAUCGUUUAGUUAGUUAAAAAUAGGUUGCGUUGGAAUUUCCGUCGGUGAAGUCCUAAAAAUUCAACUUCGAGUAUGAUGGUUUUCGACCAACUAAGUACUUGAACUAUGCUUGAGCUUGAAUUGAAAUUGGAGCACCGUUUCAGAAACGUGGCUCAAAAAAUGUACCGAAAGCCUUUUGAGACUUGAUCACUUUAGAAGGCUUUAAACUUCUGAAAAAAGGAGCCUUGAAACAUUAAAAACUCAAGUCUAAAGUCAACACGUGUUCUAUCCUACUUAGACCUGAAAGUUAAAUCUGACCGAAGAAAGCUUGGAAAUAUGGAAAAUAAAGCUUAAAAUAUUCAGUCAAA